UCCCAGGCUUGUCCUCCACAGUAAGGUCGCACAGGCGCAGAGAGGCGCGGCCCCGCAGAAAAGCCCGAGAGACACGGGACUGCAAAGAUGUCGCGGGGUUCGGGGCUGCAACCCAGAGACCUCCCCGAGGAGGUGAUCGGCUACACUCCGGAGGAGAAGCUCCGGCUCAAGCAGCUGCGCGAGCUCCGGCGCCGCUGGCUCAAAGACCAGGAGCUGAGCCCCCGGGAACCUGUCCUUCCCCCGCGGAAGGUCGGCUGGGUGGAAGGUUUCUGGGAGCGCUUCCUUCAGCCCGAGAAGCUGUGGAAGAGACAGGUAUUCAAUAUCUACAACGCUGGAAAAUUUACUAUAAUAAACCUCUUUAUUCCUCUCUGGCUUGCCCAUUAUAUUGUCAAGUAUCAUGUCCAGCUUACUCCCCAUGGGAUUGUUGAAAAACAGCAUUCAAUAUAUCCAGGAGACAGGAUGGAGGAAAAGGGAAUUCCACCAUCACAAGGAACUUCAGCAGAAAUACCAAUCUGUGAGGACUGAGAGACUCAAGGACCUGCAAAAUGAAGAAAAAAAAAACAGUUUCCUAUAUAUAUGAAUAUAUAAUUCAAAAUGGAUAGUAAGAGACUUAAUGAUUUUUGGCUAUUGUGGGGAUAUGGGGGAGGCAGCGCUAUACUGGAUUGGUGUCUUAAGUACAGUCACUAAACAUGUAUAGAUACUGAAUCCAACAACAAAGUACUUUAUUUUGGUUAUUGAUAGGCUUUAGAAAACACACAACUUAGAAAUAUUAAAGAUAAAUCACAACUUAGAAACAUUAAAA